AUGAUGAUGAAUCGCCGUGCUGUGAUGAAAGGUGUUGCGAGCCUCAUCCCAAAACGUUCAGCAGCAACUCAAGUGGGUGGUAGCAACACCAAAAUCGCUGAUAUGGGACCUCGCGUUGAAAAUCCACAACAAUUGAAUCAGGAUGCUCCUCCACCAGGUGGUUUUCCAGCAGUGAGAGUGAGAAGGAAUGCUCCAAACAAGUUUUGGUCGAUAGGAACCUUCCUCUUUAUUACAACAGCAAUGAUGACUUACGGAUGGUAUCGUUAUUAUAAGUGGUUGAAGAAGAAAGACGAAUUAAAGAAGGAGCGAGAAGCAUUGGAAUUGGCAAUGACACCUUUUCUUCAAGCUGAACAUGAUAUUGCUUUUACAUUGCAAAGAAGAGCCUUUCUAAAGAAGGUCGAGGAAUUGAUGAAGGACGAACCAGACUUUAAUGCUUAUGAAAAGUUUUACAAUUCUUCUUCCCGUUUCCUUUAUCCAGUUUAUAAUGCCCAACUUCGUCACCUUACUGGAACUGGUGUUUUAGAGAAUGAGAAACAGUUCUAUGACAAGGUAAAACAACCAGCACAACAAUAA